AAAUAUCUGACCUAGAUACACGCCACACCUAGAUUAGGCUGGCGACUAACACGACAGUUGACCAGCUGCUUUAUGAUGGUGCCCACUACUCCAAUACUCCUUCUCCUCUUGGUCAGUGUGAUCAGCAGUAGCAGCAGCAGCGCUACGUACCCACGACCACUGCUACCUGAAGAAACAACUGAUCACUUCCUGGCGGGGGCCCUGCUUAGUUACUCUGUCAACAUGACUGGCUGCAAGACGGUGGCCCAGACGUCCCCUCCCAUCAAGACAAACGACUUUGGAGACGACAUCAGACACGGCCGCUACGUCAUGUACGGCCCUCUCAACAACCUCACGUUCUGGAGACAGCGUUACGUGGAUGACAGACACGAAACUAGAAGUGGCCCCACGUCCCGCCUCACUGGUGUUCAGAUGGAUGCCACCGGCUAUGCUUACGUCUAUAUAAACGACUAUGACCCAAAGACGUUGACCAGAAUGGCCUAUCUUCACAUGGAGUGUUGGGCCAUGACAGGGUUUACACCAAUUGCUCAAACGCCAGGAGGAAAGCAGUUAGUUUUUGAUGACAUCAAAGGAGAGUUGCUGAAGGGAUCUCUGCUAUCGUACAGCAUCUACACCACAUACUGCGAACCCAGGCCCAAGAACUAUACCCAUAUAUAUGUAGAUGCCGGGCCUAUUGAUGAGUAUCGAUUGGAUGAGGACGGGAGCGUCGUUUUCACUUACCGGGUUGUGAACAGUAAUUUAUCAAUGGAUAUCAUAACAAUCAAGAUGACGUCAUCAGAUGAUAUCACCUUGGAGAAGUACACGUAUUCACAAAAGGGAAAUCCAAGACAGUUAGUUACGAAAACAUGCAAGUACACAAUAGGGACGUUUGGAUUUGGUGUGUAUAAAAUAACGUCCCCACAAACUUGAUAUGCUCGAUUGAUGGCAACUGACUUGUAUGAUUGUAUUGUGGUGAAUAAAGCGUCACCUGUAUAUGA